UUUAAUAGAAUUCGCUAAACAGAUGAAUAGUUAUACAGUGCAUAAGGAUUUAUGUAGGCUCUAUGUAACGUUGCGUAAAUUCCUAUUUAUAAACAGUUCUGCUAUACAUUUUAGUUAUACAAUGCUUAUGUCAAAAAAAGUACCAAAAUGGAGCAAUCUAUUCCAUUUAUCUGUCUAUCAAAUCAGCUGUUUGUCAUAACAAACAAAAUAUAGAAAUUUGUGUUGUGCUUUUGUUGAAAAUGGAAUCGAAAACAAAAAGGUCUCGUACCCCGAAUUGGGAUUCGUCCGAUAAAAUACUCCUUCGACAGCUAAUAGAGGACAAAAUUCAAAUAAUCGAAAACAAAAAUGUUGACACCAACACAUCCCGCAUGAAACGAGAUGCCUGGCGUGAAAUAACCGAUAGUUUCAACAGUUUAAGCGCAACAAUGAGGGAAACAUCUCAAAUUCAGGCUCAAUGGCGAGGAACUAAAAUGAAGGCCAAAGCAGAGAUGUCGGCCUUCCAAAGAAACCUGAGGGCAACAGGUGGUGGACCACCUCCCAAGUCACCUGAGCCUGAGAACAUCAAAUUGAUGGCACUUUUCCCCCAUGAAUUUGAGGUGGAUACAAAUGAGUUCGAUUGCGAUACUGAGAUGAUAAAAGAAAACGUAACUUCAGUGGUUGUAGACGAUGAGUAUGAAGAUGUUUUUUUUGUGGAGGAUGAAUCCCCAAGGAAAUAUAUGCCAUCAACUUCUUCACCAAAAGUACAUGCCCCAUCACCACCAAUACCAUCACCAAAACCGCCACCACCUUCACCUCCACCUUUGGAUGCUUUUUGUAAAAAGAAGUCAGCAUCAUUUAAACGAAAGAUUAAUUGCAAAGAUGGCGAACUCCUCAAAAAAGAAUUGUUUCAGUUCGCUAUGGCAAAUCGGAGAGCCGAAAAAGAGUUAUAUGUAUACCUACUUACAUAUAAAUUAAAUAUUUAUUUAUUUUGACGAAUUAAACUUUGUUUUGUUG